CCCGGCCCGGCCCGGAUGGCAAAGUUUCUACUUUUGGAAACUUGGACCCGGCGUUUAGGUGUGCAAUAAUAGAGCACUGCUACUUUGGGAAUGACAUGGGUUUACGGCGUUAUAAUUUAAUAUUAUUAUAUGUUCGGGGUCCAGAAAGAAAAAGAAUAACUGUUUGUUUAAAUAGAAAUGGUGGGCGUUCUGAGCAGAAGGGUAUGAGGGAGGCGCGUGGGGGUGGGUCCCAGUUUUCUUGGGUUUGGGGAGAUGAAGUAAGGCGGUGAUCAUAUUUUUUUUUAUUUUUCAUAUAAGGAGGAUUUGAGGCUGAGCUUUUCUUCUAGGUAUAAUUGUUUCACUACUUCAAAGAUUUCUUCUUAAAUGAAAAUUUGAUUUCUGCAAGCUGAAGUAAAGGGAUUUCGAAAAAAAAAAAUAAGUAAAAAAGAAAAAAAGAAGAGAAAAUGACUUCUCCACAACCCGGUCAGUCGUCCACAAACACAGCAAGAUCAAGACACACCGCUCGGAUAAUCGCACAGACGUCCACAGACGCAAAGCUCCACGCGGACUUCGACCAAUCAGGAACUUCAUUCGACUACUCCACCUCGGUCCGCCUAACAAAGGCCCCCACCAAAGGGGCCCUCGAACCAACCAGGUCCAACAAAGUCACCACAGCAUACCUCCAUCAAAUCCAGAAAGGCACACUCAUCCAGCCCUUCGGUUGCCUAUUAGCCCUCGACGAAAAAACCUUCCGAGUAAUCGCAUACAGCGAAAACGCCCCUGAAAUGCUGACAAUGGUCACGCACGCAGUUCCGAACGUCAACGACCAACCUGUCCUCUCAAUCGGAUCCGAUAUCCGAUCAAUUUUCACCGCCCCGAGCGGCGCAGCUUUGCAGAAAGCGUUAGGGUUCGGCGAAGUCUCUCUCUUAAACCCUAUAUUAGUCCACUGCAAAAGUUCCGGUAAACCCUACUACGCCAUAGUCCAUCGAGUCACUGGAAGUUUAAUCGUUGACUUCGAACCGGUCAAACCCGAUGAAGUCCCCAUGACAGCUGCCGGUGCACUACAAUCUUACAAGCUUGCCGCUAAAGCGAUCGCCCGUUUGCAGUCCUUACCUAGCGGCAGCAUGGAAAGACUAUGUGAUACUAUGGUGCAGGAAGUUUUCGAACUAACGGGCUACGACAGAGUAAUGGCGUAUAAAUUCCACGAUGAUGACCAUGGAGAAGUGUUGACCGAGAUCACAAAACCAGGGCUCGAGCCUUACGCGGGCUUGCAUUAUCCUGCAACUGAUAUACCUCAGGCCGCUCGAUUUUUAUUCAUGAAGAACAAGGUGAGGAUGAUUUGUGACUGUAGGGCGAAUCACGUGAAGGUGGUACAAGACGAGCAUCUUCCUUUCAAUUUAACCUUGUGCGGCUCCACUCUGCGGGCCCCACACAGCUGCCAUUUGCAGUACAUGGAGAACAUGGGCUCGAUCGCCUCGUUGGUGAUGUCAGUUGUGGUGAACGAGGGAGCCGAAGAGGAGCCUUCGCCCUCCGAUUCUUCGAAGAGGAAAAGGCUAUGGGGGUUGGUUGUUUGCCAUAACACAUCUCCAAGAUUUGUGCCUUUCCCACUUCGAUACGCGUGCGAAUUUCUCGCUCAGGUUUUCGCCAUACAUGUGAACAAGGAGCUGGAGCUCGAGAAUCAGAUACUCGAAAAGAAUAUUCUCCGAACUCAGACGCUACUCUGCGAUAUGCUGCUGCGCGACGCGCCGUUAGGUAUUGUGUCCCGCAGUCCGAACGUGAUGGACCUUGUUAAAUGCGACGGGGCCCUUUUACUGUACAAGAACAAGAGGUACCGUAUGGGAAUGACUCCGACUGACUUUCAGAUUCGCGAUAUAGUUUCUUGGCUCGAUGAAUACCACAGAGAUUCCACAGGUUUGAGCACAGAUAGUUUAUACGAUGCCGGUUUUCCAGGUGCACUUGCGUUAGGUGACGCAGUGUGUGGAGUGGCGGCGGUUAAAAUUACCGAAAGGGACUGGCUGUUCUGGUUUAGGUCACACACCGCCUCGGAGGUUCGAUGGGGUGGAGCGAAGCACGAGCCGGGGGAAAAGGACGAUGGUCGGAAAAUGCAUCCGAGGUCUUCUUUUAAUGCUUUCUUGGAAGUUGUGAAGACAAGGAGUUUGCCUUGGAAGGAGUACGAGAUGGAUGCUAUACAUUCAUUGCAGCUUAUUCUGAGAAAUGCUUUCAAAGAGGCUGAUGAGAAAGAUUCAAACACUCAGGAGAUUCAUACGAAGCUUAACGAUAUGAGGAUUGAGGGUAUACAGGAGCUUGAGGCGGUGACCUCUGAGAUGGUUCGAUUGAUUGAAACCGCCUCUGUGCCUAUCUUGGCCGUUGAUUCGAACGGGCUUGUCAAUGGUUGGAAUCAGAAAAUUGCUGAUUUGACUGGUCUUCGUGUUGAGGACGCGAUUGAGAGGCAUUUUCUUACGCUUGUUGAGGAAUCUUGUGCCGAUACGGUGAAUAAGACGUUGGCAUUGGCACUUCAAGGUAAAGAAGAGAGAAAUAUUGAGUUCGAAAUUAAGACACACGGGUCGAGGAGUGAGUGCGGUCCAAUCAGCUUAGUCGUGAACGCUUGUGCAAGCAGGGAUGUAAAAGAAAACGUAGUCGGAGUAUGUUUCAUAGCUCAAGACGUAACUGCACAAAAGAGCAUGAUGGACAAGUUCACAAGAAUCGAAGGAGAAUACAAAGCCAUCGUACAAAACCCCAACCCAUUAAUCCCGCCCAUAUUCGGCACAGACGAGUUCGGCUGGUGUUCCGAGUGGAACCCGUCCAUGAUAAAACUAUCAGGCUGGGAUAGACAAGACAUGAUUGAUAAAAUGCUUAUAGGCGAGGUCUUCGGUGUGCAUAACAAAGCUUGCUGUUGUCUAAAGAAUCAAGAGGCGCUUGUCAACCUCGGUAUUGCGCUCAACAGUGCAGUCACUGGUCAAGAUUCCGAAAAGAUUCCUUUCGGUUUUUUCUCGAGAAACGGGAAGUAUAUUGAGUGCCUACUCUCUGUGAGCAAGAAGUUGGACGGAGAAGGGGCGGUGACUGGACUUUUCUGCUUCUUACACCUGGCGAGCCAAGAGCUUCAACAAGCCAUUCAUAUUCAGAGGCUAUCAGAGCAAACGGCUCUGAAGAAAUCGAGGGUUUUGGCUUAUAUUAAGAAGGAGAUUAGCAAUCCUGUGGCUGGGAUUAAAUUCACUCGGAAGAUGAUGGAAGGAACCGAACUUGACGAAGAGCAGAAAAAGCUGCUGCAGAUUAGCCUUCACUGUCAGCAUCAGCUCAACAAGAUUCUCGAAGACACGGAUCUUGAUCAUAUUAUUGAAGGGUAUUUGGAUCUUGAGAUGACGGAGUUUAAGCUGCACGAUGUGCUGAUUGCUUCGAUCAGUCAAGUAAUGAUGAAGAGCAACGAAAAGGGUAUUAUGAUAGUCGAUAAGUUGGCUCCAAAUUUAUCGACCGAAUUGUUUUUCGGAGACAGUGCUAGGCUUCAACAAGUUCUAGCUACUUUCUUGCUAGUGUCGGUUACUUACACACCGAGUGGAGGCCAGCUCACCAUUGCAGCAACUUUGGCUAAAAAUUCUAUUGGCCAAUCUGUUAAGCUUGGCCAUUUGGAAUUCAGGAUAACACACAGUGGAGGUGGAGUAGCGCAAGAACUGUUGAGCGAAAUGUUCGGUGAUGAAGAGGAAGCAUCUGAGGAAGGGAUCAAUCUUUUUAUAAGCAGAAAACUGGUGAAGCUAAUGAAUGGUGAUGUUCAGUAUUUGCGGGAGGCGGGUCGAUCGACUUUUAUCGUGACUGUUGAAGUUGCAAUUUCUAGUAAACCUCAAAUAUGAGUGUUUUCGGCUUUUUUUUUUUUUUGUCAGAGUGAUCAUGUUUGUAAUUAGUUUGUGCUUGUGUUUUAUUUUUGCUGAAAACUUUUGGGUUUGUGAAAUAAAAUAAAAUAAUGUCUAGUUUUGUGCUUCUGUUCUCA